AUGGUCUUACAUACGAGGUAUUCACAAAUAGGGAGAAACACUUCACGAGAUUCCAUAUUUAAUGGUGAAGACCCUAAGCGAAACGCUUUAGUAAAUAAAGUGGUGGAUCCAACGGUAUCUUUUGCUGAAGAUUCUGCAAGAACUGUUGUUAGCAAAGUGGUAGAUCCAGCGGUGACUUUUGUAGAAGAUUGUGCUAGAACUGUUAUACAAGAAGUGAUGAAUCCAACCGUCACUUUUGUAGAAGAUUCUGCAAGAAGUGUUAUACAAGAACUGAUGAAUCCGACAGAAGAGUUCAUCGCAACCCAGCUCCAGCGGCCACAGGACGUCAUAGAACAACAAGGAAUCCUAGACAAUCUCCUCGCAUCCAAUGGUGCACGUUUUCCAGGCGAUGACUACCAUACACCCGACUUGAAAAACUGGAUGGCCCAUCUCUCAGUAGAGACACUGGCUCUUAACAAGAUCGUAUGGCCAGGAACGCACCACUCAGCCACCAACGGGUUACCUUGGCCAACUCGUCCGUUGGUUGAAUGCCAAACGCUCUCCAUCUACGAGCAGCUAGUUCUUGGCACGCGUGUCUUUGAUAUCCAUGUUCAGAAGGAUCGCCGCGUCUGUCAUGGAGAUCAUCGGCCUUCGUACAACGUUGAUGUCGUCCUAAACGACAUCAUCAGGUUCGUUUCGGAGACCCAAUCUGAGAUCAUUAUCUUGGAGAUAAGGACCGAGUUUGGAGAGAAUGACCCUCCGGAGUUUGAUACUUACUUGGUUGACAAGUUAGGUCCGUGGUUGAUUCAUCAAGAUGAUAACUUGUUCAACAAGCCAGUAUCUGAGAUCUUGCCUAAAAAGGUUAUUUGCAUCUGGAAACCUAGAGAGUCCCCCAAGCCGGUCCGUGGUGGAGCUCUCUGGAACUCUGACUAUCUGAAAGACAAUUGGACCAAUACGGAUCUUCCAUGGACGAAGUUUCAAAGCAAUAUGAACCAUUUGAAAGAGCAGCAACCGAUAUCUUCUAGAAGAUUCUUUUACCGGGUUGAGAAUACACUAACGCCACAACCAGAUAGUCCGAUUCUUUUAAUCAAACCCGUGAAUGGUCGAAUCCGAGAGUACGCUAGGCUCUUCAUUUCUAGGUGUAUAGCCGAGGGAUGUAUAGAUAAGUUGCAGAUUUUUUCAAGGGAUUUCAUCAAUGAGGAUUUCGUUGAUGCCUGCAUUGGGCUUACAUAUGCCAGAAUCAAUGGAAGAGUUUGA